CCGCCCCGCGGCCUCCUCUCGCCCCGCCCCGUCGCGGCGGGGCGCGCGCUGAGGCGGCUGCGGGCUCGCUGCCCUCCGCCGCCCCCCGGUACCGGCCCGGCCGGGCACCGGCAGCGCCCUGCAGCUGGGUGAGGCGGGGCGGCGGCGGGCUCGGGGCGGGGCCUCCCGCUGCGGGCAGAGCCGGGGGGCGGUGUCGGGGCCCGCUGGGGGCCAGAGCCGGGGGGCGGCAUCGAGCCGGGUCCCGCUGCCGGGGGGCGGCCUCGAACCCGGGUCCCUGAGAGCGGCAGAGCCGGGGGGCAGCCUCGAACCCGGGUGCCUUAGAGGGGCUGAGCUGGGGGGCAGCCUCGAACCCGGGUCCCAUCGGGGGGCAGCCUCGAACCCGGGUCCCUCUGAGAGGCAGAGGCGGGGGGCAGCCUAGAACCGGGUCCCUCUAAGGGGCAGAACCGGGGGUCCCCCUAGAACCGGGUCCCUCCGAGGGGCCAAACCGGGGGUCAGCCUAGAACCGGGUCCCUCCGAGGGGCCAAACCGGGGGUCAGCCUAGAACCGGGUCCCUCCGAGGGGCUGAACCAGAGGUCAACCUAGAACCGGGCCCCUCCAAGGGGCCGAACCAGGAAUCAGCCUAGAACCGGGUCCCUCUGAGGGGCCGAACCAGGAAUCAGCCUAGAACCGGGUCCCUCUGAGGGGCCGAACCAGAGGUUAGCCUAGAACCGGGUCCCUCUGAGGGGCCGAACCAGAGGUCAGCCUAGAACCGGGUCCCUUUGAGGGGCCAAACCAGAGGUCAGCCUAGAACCGGGUCCCUCUGAGGGGCCGAACCAGAGGUCAGCCUAGAACCGGGUCCCUCUGAGGGGCCAAACCAGAGGUUAGCCUAGAACCGGGUCCCUCUGAGAGGCCGAACCAGAGGUCAGCCUAGAACCGGGUCCCUCCAAGGGGCAGAGCCGGGGGUCAGCCUAGAACCAGGUCCCUCCGAGGGGCCGAGCCGGGGGACGGCCUCGACCCCGGGUGCCGCGGGGGCCGCUCUCGAAGCCCGGUGCCUCUGCAGGGCAGAACUGGGGGGCGGCCUCGAGCGCGGGUCCCUCGGAGGCGCGGGGCCGGGGGGCAGCCUUGAGCCCGGGGGCCGGCUCCGAGCCCGGCCGCCCCCGUCGCAGCCCCGCGGGCGGCCUCCCCGGCGCGGCGCAGACCGCCCCGCGGCCAGGCCAUGGCUUGCAGCCUGAAGGACGAGCUGCUCUGCUCCAUCUGCCUGAGCAUCUACCAGGACCCGGUGAGCUUCGGCUGCGAGCACUACUUCUGCCGGCGCUGCAUCACCGAGCACUGGGUGCGCCAGGAGCCCCAGGGCGCCCGGGACUGCCCCGAGUGCCGGCGCACCUUCGCCGAGCCCACGCUGGCGCCCAGCCUCAAGCUGGCCAACAUCGUGGAGCGCUACAGCGCCUUCCCGCUCGACGCCAUCCUGGGCGCCCAGCGCAGCCCCUUCCCCUGCAAGGACCACGAGAAGGUCAAGCUCUUCUGCCUCACCGACCGCGCCGUCGUCUGCUUUUUCUGCGACGAGCCCGCCGUGCACGAGCAGCACCAGGUCACCAACGUGGACGACGCCUUUGAGGAGCUGCAGCGGGAGCUGAAGGAGCAGCUCCAGGGCCUGCAGGAGAGCGAGCGAGGCCACACCGAGGCCCUGCACCUCCUCAAGCGGCAGCUCGCCGAGACCAAGUCCUCGGCCAAGAGCCUGCGGGUGACCAUCGGGGAGGCCUUCGAGCGGCUGCACCGGCUGCUGCGCGAGCGGCAGAAGGCGAUGCUGGAGGAGCUGGAGGCGGACACGGCGCGCACGCUCACCGACAUCGAGCAGAAGAUCCAGCGCUACAGCCAGCAGCUGCGCAAGGUGCAGGAGGGCAGCCAGAUCCUGCAGGAGCGCCUGGCCGAGGCCGACAAGCACGUCUUCCUGGCCGGCGUCGCCUCGCUCUCCGAGAGGCUCAAGGGGAAGAUCCACGAGACGAACCUCACCUACGAGGACUUCCCCACCUCCAAGUACAUGGGCCCGCUGCAGUACACCAUAUGGAAGUCCCUCUUCCAGGACAUCCAUCCCGUGCCGGCCGCCCUGACGCUGGACCCCGGCACGGCCCACCAGCGCCUCAUCCUCUCCGACGACUGCACCAUCGUGGCCUACGGCAACCUGCACCCGCAGCCGCUGCAGGACUCGCCCAAGCGCUUCGACGUGGAGGUCUCGGUGCUGGGCGCGGAGGCCUUCGGCGGCGGCGUGCACUACUGGGAGGUGAUCGUCUCGGAGAAGACCCAGUGGAUGAUCGGGCUGGCGCACGAGGCCGUCACCCGCAAGGGCAGCAUCCAGAUCCAGCCCAGCCGCGGCUUCUACUGCAUCGUCAUGCACGACGGGAACCAGUACAGCGCCUGCACGGAGCCCUGGACCCGGCUCAACGUCAAGAGCAAGCUGGAGAAAGUGGGCGUCUUCCUGGACUACGACAAGGGUCUCUUGAUCUUCUACAACGCCGACGACAUGUCCUGGCUCUACACCUUCCGGGAGAGGUUCCCCGGCAAGCUCUGCUCCUACUUCAGCCCCGGGCAGAGCCACGCCAACGGCAAGAACGUCCAGCCGCUGCGCAUCAACACCGUCCGCAUCUAGCGGCGCGGGGCCCGUGCCGGGCUCGCAGCAAUACUCGCGGGGUCCCCGGGCGGGUGGGCAGCGGAGCUCGGCGCCGCUCCGGGCCCCCUUUCCGUGCCCGCGGCGGGGGGGGAUGGAUCCGGCCCGGCCGCCCCGUCUCCGCCGUCCUGUGCUUCCACAUGGCCGCCGGCCCCCCCGCCCCGCGCGCUCCGGCCGCCGCAAUAAAAGGGUGAAUUUUG